AUGCCUCACAACGUGCUGGCUAUGGGGACGGUGUUGGCGGCCCUGGGGGCGAAGGCGGCGGGAUCGGGAGUCGAUCCCACCUCGUUCAUUGGAGCGGGGGCGGCUCCCCUCAGCAAAGGGAUGGGUUCCGUGCUGCUGUCGCUGAAGGCGGGCAAGGCAGCAACGGCAGCAGCAGCCCCCUCCACAUCCUUCCUUGCCAAUGCGGGAGAUGCGGCACUAGGGGCAGCGGGCACGGGGGCUGGCGCUGCAGCGCCGGCCAAAGCAGCAGCAGCAGCAGCAGCAGCAGCAGGUGGUUCUCCUGGGAAGGCAGGUUUGAGCCUGUUAGCUGCUAAGGGGUCCGCAGCAUCCGGUGCGGCCGCCCCUUCUACGGUAGCAGGAGCGGCAGGUGUAAAGGGAGCUUCAGGUGCAGGGACCGCAGCAGCAGCUAACUCUUCUAUGCUGAAAGUAGCUCAGAAGGCAUGCUUUAGAAAGAAGAAAGCAGGUUUACUUAAGGGCCCCAAACACGGAGGUGCGAAGACACCGCACGCGUCAGGGGCUUCAGCAACAGCAGGAAGACAUGGAGGCAGCUCGGGCCCCACAUCUAACCAUCCCCACAACUCAACACACGGUACGCAGAACACAGGAGCGACUGGAGGUGAGCAUACAGCCCACCCUCAACCGCACUCGACCCAGGGGACCCACAGUGCAGCCCACGGCGGCGGAGAGGCCUCGCGGGCUUCAGCCAGUCGCGGCUCAGGGUUUCAAGGGCCCCUAACAGGGCAGCAUGGGGGCCCCAGCUCGAGCGCAGGAACAAACUAUGUUGGGGCCCCCCCGGCAGGUACUGAGGGGGGAGAAGAGAUUAUGCCGGGGACAGUAGGGACCCCUGCCCACGCCAAGUUCCUACAGCUGCACAAGGGGCCCACCAGCUCUACCGCGGCCUUCGCCAGCACUUCUCAUAGUUCUCCCAUGCCACACACCGUCUCCGCAACACCAGCUGCAGCAGCAGCAGCAGCAGCAGAUCACGCUGCAGGAGGUCCUGCUGCUGUCGCAGGCCCAGCCAUGAGGGCCGCGGACUUCGGUGUAUCUCCGACGGGAGGCGCUCCCGGGAUGGAUCCCGGCGCGUUCGAUGGCGCAGCAGCAGCAGCAGCAGCAGAGGGCCCCUCCAAGGGCUCUUCAAUGCUAAAGGGGUUCGUGGAGGGGGCCCUGGGGGUCGAUAGCUCAGCGGGAACGGGCGGCGGCAUGCUGCACAGCCUCUCAGCUGGGAUGGGGCAGAAUUUGUUUGGCAGUUGGUGGGGUGGCGGUGCGACGGCGGGGGGAGCGGCGGCGGCAUUGGGGGCUGCAGCAGCGGCCGACCCCACAGGCCUGGGAGCGAUCGAUCCCACAGCCCUGGGAUCGGUCGAUCCCACAGCCCUGGGAUCGGUCGAUCCAGCGGACAUGAUGGAGGGCGACCCCUCAGACCUGGUGGAUCCCGAAUCCGUGGGAGAGCAGACAAUGGCCGUUGCUGCGCUGCUACCCAGCCUCUUUGGCCGCCUCUUAGGAGAGGGUAAGCAGAGAGAAGAUAAUAAGAACGCGCGCCCCACAAAGCCCCAACUGGCUAGAAGGGACUCUCUAGCCUCCACUGCAUGCGCCAGCGAUGGGGCUGCCUCAGACAGCGGCAACCCGCUGCAAAGUGCAGCAGCAGAAGCCGGCCUCACCUCUCGCCGGGUGUAUCGAUCCAGGGUAGGAGACAGAAAGGCCACCUAUGCCGACUUCCUCUGCUGA